AUGCUAACAGGGUCUAAAGGUUUUAGUAAACUUGAUUUAUCUCAUGCAUAUGCUCAGCUAAAUGUUGAUAAAGAGAGUCAAGAGUAUCUUACAAUAAACACACAUAAAGGGUUGUAUAGCUACACUAAGUUACCUUAUGGGGUUAAAUCUACACCUAAAAUAUUUCAGUCUAAAAUGGAUCAGAUUCUCCAAGGGAUAGAGAAAUGUGUAUGUAAGCAGGAUGACAUUCUUAUUGGUGGGAAUGACUGGAGAGAGAAUCUGAAAAUAUUAGGUGAGGUUUUAUAAAGAUUAUGUCGGCAUAAUGUACACUUAAAACAGUCAAAAUGUGAGUUUUUAAAACCAGAAGUUGUGUACCUAGGUCUUAAAAUUAAUGAAAAGGGCUUGCACCCGGUAGAGGAGAAAGUGGAUGCCGUUAGGAAGGCCCCUGUGCCAUCUAACGUCAGUGAGCUAAGAUCUUUCUUGGGUAUGGUACAAUAUUAUCAUUCAUUUCUUCCAAAUUUGGCAACAACCUUAGCACCUUUGCAUAAGCUUUUAAAAAAAGAUGUCCAGUGGAAGUCGACGUCCGAAUGUCAAAAAGCUUAUGAUGUUUGUAAACAAAGUCUUACUAGUGAUACCCUGUUAGUACACUACGAUUUAAAUAGGAAAUUAAGACUUUCUUGUGAUGCAUCAAGUUACGGACUUGAUGCCGUUCUGAGUCAUGUGAUGGACGAUGGUCAGGAAAGACCAAUUGCUUACGCAUCUCGCACACUUAGUCAAACUGAGAAAAAUUAUGCCCAAAUUGAGCGUGAGGCAUUGUCGAUAGUGUUCGGGGUAAAAAAUUUCACCAGUUUCUGUAUGGUCGAAAUUUUACAUUGAUCACAGAUCACAAACCACUAUUCGCAAUUUUGGGCCCUAGGUCUGCAAUUCCCACACUUGCUGCUGCAAGGAUGCAAAGGUGGGCAUUGGUACUCUCUGCCUAUGAUUAUAUGUGAUAGAAUACAAAUCAUCUGAAAAACAUGCUAAUUGUGAUGCACUCUCUAGGUUGCCACAUCAAAGUAGGUAGUGAGAGUGCAAUCUACCAGGUAAGUGCAAUCGAUGAUGAUUUUCCAAUUACUGCAAAAGAUAUUGGGAAGGCAACUAAAGUUGAUUCUGUUCUCUGUAAAGUAUAUUAUUAUGUCAUGUCAGGUUGGCCUGAGAAUUGUCAGGAUGAAAAUUUGAGACCAUAUCAUAACCGAAAGCUGGAAUUAUCCUGCGAACAAGAUUGCGUUCUGUGGGGCUCCAGAGUGGUUAUUCCACCAGUUUGUAGAGAGAAAAUGCAUGCUCAAUGA